AAGUAUGGCCUCCUCCACGCUUCCUAUCUCCCAAUCCCAAGCUUUCUGUGCUCGAGCACGCCUCAUCCCUGCCUCCCUUUCUGGUCCGGUUCGUUUCACCCUCCCUCACCGUCACCGGAGAGACGCCUCCUACCGGAAGCCCCUGCGCACCAUGGUCGUCACGGAGACCACCGCAGAGAUGCCUAAGAAGCGGCAGGCCUCCCGGGACCGCUCGUUCGUUGACGAGAUGAGGGUCGUUGCUAUGAGGCUGCACACCAAGGAUCAGGCGAAGGAAGGCGAGAAGGAGUCUAAAUCGCCGCCCGUCGCUAAGUGGGAACCGUACAUCGAGGGCUACCUCCAUUUUCUAGUCGACAGCAAGAUCGUUUAUGAUACCCUCGAAACGAUCAUCCAGAAGGCUGCCUAUCCCUGGUGUAAGUUUUGGUUUCCAUCUUUGAUGAAGUCCUUAGUUGUCUCUACUUGUUAACCUUUUUACGUUUAAUCGAGGACAGAAAGCACAAACUCUGAUAAGCGAUUUAUUCAAUUGGGAAAUCAGACAAAUUUAGCUUUUGAGAUAUAAUAAUUGAACAUCAUCAGCUAAAGUUUUCAUUGACCAUUCAAAGCUGUUAUAUUUACUGCUGCGUAGAUUUUGCUUCAAGUAUACAAGUCAUCAUUUUUAUAAAUCCUUUGGCUCAACAAGAAAGGUUCAGCUACACUUCUACAUAGGAUAAAGUUUGUAUGUAUCAGUUGAAUUUUCUUUUAU